CUGCAGAGAAGUUUCCUUCCUAAUUAAUUAAUUCCGAUACCGUGUUUUAGCCGGCCAUUCUUUUUCUUCGCUAGACUUUGUUUUAUUGGUUGACUUGGACAUUUCCAUAACCGACGACUCCAACUACUUUCAUUCAUAUUACUCAGCCUCCAUCGCAUUACCAAUUAGCAAAAACUUUCAUUGCAUCAUAUCAAACGAUAGAGAGAUGAUCAAGUCUCCGAGCACCAUAAGUAUGUUCCGUAUUUUACUUCUCAUAUCGCAUGUUCUGCUACUACUAGGGACGAGCCGCGGUGCGAAGAAGAAUCACUCGUGCGCCGCUUCAUCUUGCGGCGAGCUCCAUGACAUAAGAUAUCCCUUUCGAUUGAAAGGCGAGCCAAAAGGCUGCGGCCUCUCCGAGUAUGAGCUAGCCUGUGAAAAUAACCGCACCGUUUUAUAUCUGUACGCCGGCCGAUAUUAUGUGACAUCGAUUUCAUACAAUUUCUAUCAUGGCAAAGAUGACUUCGCCGGUGAUAUCGCGGUGGUUGACGAUGGAUUGCAAAAGGGUAAUUGCUCAUCUCUCCCUCAUUACUUAUUUGUGCCCUCCAACUUCAGUUAUCUUGAUCCACACCAAAGUUUUUACAUAAACCGGCCGGUAAUGUCGGUGGCCUUCGUGAAGUGCUCACAGCCCGUUGCGUCUGCUUUGUAUGUCGAUACGAAACCAUGUGUCGAUGGAGCAUACUUUGCGUACGCUGUACAUGGGUUUAAUCUACAAGCAAGGGACAUCGAGGACUCUUGCACCAUAACCAUGAUGGCAUUCACAACGUACAAUACCCCGAGGUGGGAAGGGAAUCAGUAUAAUCAGAGCUUAUCAUACAAGGACCUCCACAACACGAUGGUUCGGGGAUUCAAUCUCUUCUAUGGGAGGAGACUUUGCUACAAAGAUUUCGGAUUCCAAAUGGAGAUUCUCUCACGAAUUCUCUUGCCAUCUACAGAUGAUUCUAUGCGGUAUUUCACCCUUCAUUUUGCACGAGUUGCAGAACGUAGUCUCUCCUUUGUCUUGGGCUACUUCCUAGCAGAAAAAUUCAUAAUUGGAGCAUGUGUAUUGAUACUUCUAAUCUAUAAGUGGAUGACAAGGCAUCAAGCGAUCGAUGCAAACAUCGAAGAAUUCCUACGAGCUCACAACAACUUUUUGCCCAUAAGAUACUCUUACUCGGAUAUCAAGAAGAUCACAAAAAAUUUCAAAUACAAGUUAGGUGAGGGGGGAUAUGGUUCCGUGUACAGAGGAAUCCUUAGAAGUGGCAUUGAAGUUGCGGUUAAGAUUUUGAACAAACCAGAAUCCAAUGGCCAAGAUUUUAUAAAUGAAGUGGCCACAAUUGGAAGGAUCCACCACGUUAAUGUGGUGCAACUUGUUGGUUUUUGCUUCGAUUACUCCGAACAAGCUCUUGUCUAUGAUUUCAUGCCGAACGGAUCUUUGGAUAAACACAUUUCCUUUAAGGGUGGUGAUGAUCCUCUUGAUUAUAAGAAAAUGCAUGAGAUCUCUCUUGGCAUAGCUAGAGGGAUAGAGUAUCUGCAUCGGGGAUGUGAUAUGCAAAUUCUACACUUUGACAUCAAGCCUCACAACAUUCUCCUAGAUCGAAGUUUCAUUCCGAAAGUUUCUGACUUUGGACUUGCAAGACUUUAUCCCACCGGUUACAGCAUAGUAUCAUUGACUGCAGCAAGAGGAACCUUGGGAUAUAUGGCGCCUGAGCUAUUCUAUAAGGACAUUGGCGGCGUUUCUUAUAAAGCCGAUGUUUAUAGUUUUGGGAUGUUGUUGAUGGAAAUGGCCGGUAGAAGGAGAAAUCUAAAUGCACAUGCAGAGCGCUCAAGUCAAAUUUACUUUCCUUUGUGGGUUUAUGAUCAACUCAGCAAAGAAAAGGAGGUUGAAGUAGUAGAUGUCAUAGAAGAGGAAAGAGAAACAACGAGGAAGAUGAUGAUCGUUGCACUAUGGUGUAUACAAUUGAGCCCUAAUGAUCGGCCAUCGAUGAACAAAGUCCUCAAUAUGCUUGAAGGAGAUGUGGAUAAACUGCAACUGCCUCCAAAACCGCUUUUGUAUCCAAGCGGGACGCCAGAUGAUGAUGUUGACGCCGAGAUAGAACUUGAAACAAUCUCAUCUUCGUCAAGUGCUCCGGUAAUUUCUGGCAAUUACCAACUUCAUCAGGACAGUGAGUUUACGAAAUCAUGUGUUGUGUGAUUGUUCCCCUCUUGUGGAAAUGAAAUGCAAAAUAUAAAUAGUGCUAUCAACAUGAAUGUCGGAUAGUAUUCAUUGUCA